UAUGCGUCAUCUUACGGUUUUGAAUACGACCGCCACUUGAAAAUUGUUACGGAUUUCACGAGAAAGGUGAUUAAUGAAAGAAUAGCCGAGCGCGGUGUGCGAAAGUCGCAAAAUGGAGAGAAGAAGGCCUUCUUGGAUUUGUUGCUCGACGUGCAAGCAGAAGGCAAUCUCUCCUACGAGGAUAUCCGCGAAGAGGUUGACACUUUUAUGUUUGAAGGUCACGACACUACUGCGUCCAGUAUGGGCUGGACGUUAUGGUGUUUGUCCUGUAAUCCACAGCUCCAGAAGAGGCUUCACGAGGAGAUGGAUGAGAUUUUCGGCUCGUCGGAUCGCAGCUGCACGAACGAAGAUCUGAAGUCGAUGAAAUAUCUCGAAAAAUGUAUCAAGGAGUCGCUCAGGCUUCGCCCUCCGGUACCGAACUUCACGCGCAAACUCGAACAGGAUAUCGAAAUUGAAGGAGUCAUGAUACCGAAGGGCUGCUCAAUCAUGAUCACACCCGCCAUGAUUCAUGCAAACGCACAGAUAAUGCAUCAUCGGCGAGAGAAAAAGAGUAAAGGAACCGGCCGA